GCGUGAAGCAUGACCGCCCCUGCGCUGUCCUGUCCUGGGAAAUAACCGGCUGCACUGACCGUACGAGGCAGGCGACCAUGGCCGGGAAAGAAACAGCUGGACCCCACUUUACGAUGUCGAGUGGCAGUUGCAACGUGGACCAGGGUACAAGCAGUGCAGCCACUGAUCUAAUUCAUGGGAGUGGCGUCAGCACCAUUCCUGUGGCUCUUGUGCCUACCAAUGGAGGUUCCAUCAGGAUCACAAAUCCACAGGCUGUCCAGAAGGCACUCAAGGCCACGUCUAACCACUUCCAGACCAUCACUGAUGUGCGAGCGUUCGGACGGGGAGGUAUAGUGUGUCGUUCACCCGACCAGACCUGUGUAGAAGACCUCUUGAAAUGCACUUCAUUCGCUUCCACCCCGGUUCCGGCUUUUGACGGUGCAGACGUUCUUAAGGAUUUACGAAUCACCACUGCGUCAUUCCCAAAGUUCCCGAAGAAACCAGAGAAGCAGCGUGGCACCAGCGAGAGAACCAGGCGGCCAACAGAAUGCAAGAGUGCCGUGUUUGCCGGUUCGGUUUCACCGACACGGAGACCUUCCAAAAGCACGUCGCUGACCACUUGCUUUGGAAAAUGAACAACUGCUUCAAGUGUGGUAAACUGUUCAUGUGGCCUUCGGGCCUCACGAGGCAUUUCCGUACGCACGGAGAACCAUCCUUUGAGUGCUGCGUGUGCGCCAAGAAAUUUUAUAGAAAAGAUGUCCGCAAGAGGCAUAUGAUUACAUGCCACAUAGGCGCACAGCACUGAGAAGCCGUUGUAGGGUCUCCUUAACACGGCAGCGCAGACCACGAAAUUCGACGAGACGUGGUAAAGGACCGUCGCACUUGGAACUGGCACCGGCAUCGGUGCAGACGGAAGUUCGCCUCGGAAGAGGUAAUUCUCUGGAUGUCACCCUGUCGCCAAGACGUGUCGUGUGCUUUCGCAGAAGAAUUUGCGGUCUGGGCCUCAAUUGUUCUAGUUCUGUGCUAACUUCUCGACAAACAAAAUUGGGCUAAUCUUAUUCCUUCUGACUACGGCUGAAGAAUGCCUGUGAAUAAAGUUCUUACAUUGGUUAUCUCAAGCAACA